AUGAGACAGGCUAAUGCUGCAUUUUCAUUUAUACUUACAAAGAUUGGCAAUGGUGAAGUUUUGGAACAGUUUCAAUUAGAAAUUAUCGAAUCAAGAUUUUUCAAAAAAGAAGAAACUCGACAAUUAAGUCCUCAUGGUGUUCGUUUAUUUUAUACUAAUGUCGCUGUAGACAGUUACAACAAUUCUAUUUUGGAUAUAAUAACUGGAACUAAAAAUCAAGAACAAGAAGCUUCUUUUAGAUUACAACUACACAAAAAAUCUGUCAUCGAUACUGGGGGAUUACCUUACCAAAUCACUUUUGUAAAAGGAAAGUAUUAUCUUAUCACAACAAAUAUUGAUGUAAGUGAUGGAUCAGUUAAUGGUACCGUUGGUAAAUUAAUUCUCCUAGACUUCAAUGAGGACAACGUAGUUUGCAGAGUUUGGCUCGAAUUCUGUGGAUCAGCAAAGGUUGGACAAAAAGCAAGAAAAAAAGCUGCUUUACUAGCUGUCCAAAGCAAAGUUAAUAAUGCUGCUGUACCUAUUGAAUGGCGAACAUCCAACAUAACCAUGACAAGGAAUAAAGCAGUUACUGUUAAACGUAAACACUUUCCCAUAAUUUCUGCUUGUGCUAUGACUAUACAUAAGUCACAAGGUGGAACAUUUGAUCAAAUUGUUUACGAGUAUGACAAAAUACAUCCACAACAACUUGUUUAUGAUGCUCUCUCUCGUGUAACAAGCAUCGAAGGUUUAUUUAUCGUUACAUUUGAUGAUGAUGAAACUAAAUUUCGAUUUCAUCAUAAUCGAGUACAAGCUUCAUCAACAAUAUCUCUAGUACAAGAGUUUCAGAGAUUGUCAUUAAAUAAGCUUGAAACGAAGGCAAAAUCUGUCAUUGAUUUCAUUACUACAGAUAAAGGCAUUUCAUUGUGUACGUUCAACGUCCAAAGCCUUCGUAAACAUUCAGUUGAUUUAAUAGACUCUGUUACAGAAAAAACGAACAUUUUGUUAUUAUCAGAGACAUGGUUGGACAAUCGAGAAGAAUGUGAUAUACCGAAUUUUAAUUGUAUAACCCACUUUAAACGUGAUUUUGUUCGUUCAGUUGGAGUUGCGAUAUAUCACAACAUAAAUGAUACGACCAAUCUUGUAACACCAAAUAUGUCGGUCAUAAUGAACAAUAUUCGGGACUUGCACGUAAGACGUACAAGUGUUGCAGAUUUAUGUGCAGCAGAGUGUGUAAUGGAAAACGGUGUUACCUUAAUCAUGGCAGUCAUAUAUGUCUCACCAAAUAACAAAUUAAUAGAUAUUCAGGAGUUCAUUCAUCGAGCACUGCUAGAGUAUUCUAAAGAUGUAUCUCGAACGCUUAGCAGAUACAACAAAAAUUUAGAUAAAGUUCCACUCAUUUUAGCCGUCCGAAGAAUUCCAUUGCGUCGUUUGAUCGGCGAUUCAAAUACCUACGACCAGGGCGUGGCGUCACCCGUCUGCAACGACUUCAACCAAGGCAGCGGCGAGAGCAUCAGCAUUCCUGAGCUACGGACGGCACGCUGUGAGUUCGCUCCAAGUCAUUCCUUACCUACCUAA